GACAAGUGGCGCCUGUGGGGAGCUCAGGCUGCUGGAGCCUAGCCAUGAUGCUGUGGUAUCCAGUGCUGGGAGCACUGCUCACGGUUGUGGGAUGCCUGUGCCUGUCCACCCUGCUCAGGCAUCGCAGGCCCUGGGAACCACCUCUGGACAAGGGUGUUGUGCCCUGGCUGGGUCAUGCCAUGGCUUUCCGGAAGAAUAUGUUUGAAUUCUUGAAGGGAAUGCAGGCCAAGCACGGGGACGUGUUCACGAUACAGCUGGGAGGUCAGUUCUUUACCUUUGUCAUGGAUCCUCUCUCCUUUGGCCCCAUCGUUAAGAACACACAGAAAGCGCUAGACUUCGAGACGUAUGCACGAGAACUGGUGUUCAAGGUGUUUGGGUACCAGGCGGAAGAUGAGGACCACCGGAUGGUCCACUCAGCUAGCGCCAAGCAUCUGAUGGGGCAAGGCUUGGAGGACCUCAACCAGGCCACGCUGGACAGCCUGUCCUUGGUGAUGCUAGGGCCCAAAGGCCCGAGUCUGGGUGCCAGUUCCUGGUGUGAAGACAGCCUCUUUCACUUCUGCUACAGAGUCUUGUUUAAGGCUGGUUUCCUGAGCUUAUUCGGGUACAGCAAGGACAAGGAGCAGGAUCUGGAUGAAGCUGAUAGGCUGUUCGAGAAGUUCCGUCGAUUUGACCUUCUUUUCCCCAGGUUCGUCUACUCCCUGCUGGGGCCCCGGGAGUGGGUAGAAAUGAGCCAGCUACAGAGUCUUUUCCACCAGAAGCUUUCCGUGGAGCAAAACCUGGAUAAAGACGGCAUAAGUAACUGGUUAGGCUACAUGCUUCAGUCUCUGAGGGAGCGAGGAACAGCUUCAUCCAUGCAGGACAAAUUUAACUUCAUGAUGCUCUGGGCCUCCCAGGGGAACACGGGGCCCACCUGUUUCUGGGCCCUCAUAUUCCUGCUGAAGCACCAGGAUGCCAUGAAGGCUGUGCGUGAGGAAGCUACCCAGGUCAUGGGCGAGGCCAGGUUGGAAGCCAAGAAGGCCUUCACUUUCACCCCCAGUUCCCUGAAAUGCACUCCAGUGUUGGACAGUGUGAUGGAGGAGACUCUGCGCCUCUGUGCCACGCCCACCCUCGUCAGGGUUGUGGUGGAGGAUUCUGUCCUAAAGAUGGCCAGUGGGAGAGAGUACCAGAUCCGCCGUGGAGAUAAGGUGGCUCUCUUCCCCUAUCUCUCAGUACACAUGGACCCCGACAUCCACCCUGAGCCCACAGCCUUCAAGUACGAUCGCUUCCUCAACCCCGACGGCACCCGGAAAGUGGACUUCUACAAGUCAGGCAAGAAGAUCCCCCACUACAACAUGCCCUGGGGCUCGGGAGUCUCCAUGUGCCCCGGCAGGUUCUUCGCCCUCAGUGAGAUGAAGAUCUUUAUCCUCCUUAUGGUCAUGUACUUUGACUUUGAGCUGGUGGACCCUGACAUGCCUGUGCCCCCUAUUGACCCAAGGCGCUGGGGCUUCGGCACCUCCCAGCCCAGCCACGAGGUACGUUUCCGCUACCGCCUGAAGGCCACGCAGUGAACUCAGGUCUGAGCACACUCUGCGGCCCAGAGCAGCACUCCCAUCCUCUGGCUCUGAGGAACCCUUACCUCUCUCCCUGGCAUCCCUGCCGUCUUGCCUCCUAGACAUCUCAGAGAUCUGUCACGCUCCCUCUAAGAUGCCAUCCCCCCCAGUGGUCUCUGCCUGACCCUCCUCUCAGGAGGAACACCUGUGGUCAGUUCAAUUU